AUGCCUUUUACCGAAACGUCGUUAAAUAUUUGUGACUGGGAAAUUGAAAUUGAAAAAAAUCUUCGGGCGAUCAAUAUCGCUGGAAAAAAGCUGAUUUGCGAUCGUGCAAAAUGUACUAAUCCCGGCAUUGAACUUUUGCUUAUUUCGCAAGAGGCUAAAUUGAUUCGCUAUAUUUCAAAGAUUUAUUUUUUAAAUGACCUUCAUAGAGGGACAGCUUUUCCAUCAUUGUUUGAUUGGCUUCAUUAUGUUAAUAUUUCACCAUCAGAAAUUCAGAAACUUAUGGAACAUUUACAUACCUUACCUGAAUUGGCUGCGAUGAACGAUAAGCAGAUAUUUGAUUUAUGUGAUACUUUACGGUUUAGUACCGAAAGUCGUCGUCGAUUACGAAAAUCAUCAUAUAGUAUGAAACGAUAUAUCUUAAGAUGGAAAGCUGAUGGAAUUGAGCCUAUACGAGUUUUUCUUGAUAAAGAUUUGGCAUGGUUAAGUUUUGAUCGAUCAACAUCACAUACGAAUCGUAGAUGUGGUUCAGAAAGUACCGUCGAUUCAUUAGCAAGUGAUUCUGGUUCAGGGAUGGGAUCCAAUGUUUCUCAAUCGUCGUUGCCAACAAGUACUCCUCCUCCUAGCCCUGGAAUUUUUCCAAACAGCUCUCUGAUUAGUUCUUCGAAGUCAGCCAGUAAACUGAGGUUAUCUUUCCCUACAGCUUUGUUCAGUAGGCAUAAUGCUGCAUUGGCAGUGGUACGUGCUAAAGAAUGUGCUAGUGGAGCAGCUAUUGCUGAAAGUGAAAUUUUGGCGGAUAGCUCAUUAAAUGAAGGUCUCAUUCGAUCGCAUUCCCAUGAAUCGAACAUUCAACAAAAAUUGUCCUCUGAAUCAAAUGUUCAGUCUGUUUCUCUCGCCAGCUCUCGAUCAAUAAGUGAUUGUCUUUCUGUUGCCAGUCCAUUGCCAGCCUCGUUCUCUCCACUGUCUUAUCAUAAAAAUACUAAUCAGUACGGCACUUUACCGAAAUCACCAAGAGCCGCUCGAGCUGUUCAUUCAAUACCGCAUCAGUGGCGUAAGAAGAAGGGAUUUCGAAUCGCUGCAGAAAAUUGCCAUUUUUGUCAACGUCAGCUAAAUUUUCUUGGUGAAUAUGAAAAAUGUAGAUCUUGCAAAUGGAAAGUACAUCCUCAGUGCAAAGCAAACAUUGGCGAUUCUUGUGGAUUAACACCUGAUUAUCUCAAGAAAGCUAUCCAAGAAAUGUUUCUCAAAGAUUCAGGAAAGGAUGGCUGGACGCCGACGUUGCAUGCUUCCACUUCUCACAAUACCUUUGCUUUUGAUUCGAUAGAUAGUUCUUCUAGUACAAAUAGUUCUGCUCCUUCGACUCCCGCAUUUCCAACUAUAUAUUCCGCCGCGGUUUCUUCACUUCCUAGUCCAUUUUUAACUGCUAAUUCUGCUUAUCGAAAUGAUUUCAUAUUUCCUGAUUCUGUUCCAGAAGUGCCGGAUAUUAUUGUUGAUUCAGGACAGAGCGAGCAGCGUUUGUCUUCGCAGGGCUCUGAUUGUACAGUGCAAUCAUCUUAUACUGGAGGACCUGGAAGCUCUGAAGGGACUCUUAUUACAGAUUCGAUAGGCAGUAAUCAAGGCCAGUAUUUAGAUACGCGAGAUGAUAGUGGAGACCAACAACAGUUGAGUCCAAGUAGUUGCUCUUUGAAUAGGGAUAGGUGGAGCAAUGGUACCAUUCGAAUACCAAGUAGUUGGACGGAUGUUACAAUACCCUUUUCUCAAAUUGAAUUUAAAAAGCAAAGUCUCAUCGGAAGAGGACGCUUCGGAGAAGUCCAUAAAGCAAACUGGUUUGGCGAUGUGGCUGUCAAAUUUCUGGAUAUGGAUUAUGUUGAUGAGGAAAAGCAGCUUGAAGCAUUUAAGGCACUCUUUGCUGAUGUAGUGUCUUUUAAAAAUACUCGGCAUGAUAAUUUAAUUCUCUUUAUGGGGUAUUGUUUUGAUCAGAAUAGAUUGGGUAUUGUUAUGUAUUAUUGCAAAGGUAAUUCUCUCCAUCGUUCAAUUCAUGAACUUUAUGAAAAAUUUGAUUUUGCUCAAAUUGUCAAUAUUGCAACUCAGAUAUGUCAUGGAGUAUCGUAUUUACACACAAAAAAUAUAAUCCAUAAAGAUUUGCGGACAAAAAAUAUUUUUGUGGAAAAUCGAAAUCGAAUUGUAAUUACCGAUUUCGGAUUGUUCAGCAUGAAGCGACUUGCGAAACCUAAACGGACGCAUACAUUUAUAGUACCUGAAUAUUGGUUGUCGUAUUUAUCACCAGAAUUGAUAAAAGUUUUGUCUGCAGAUCUGGAUCCAUUGCCGUUCACAGAAAGUAGCGAUGUUUUUGCUUUUGGAACAAUUUGGUUCGAAUUAAUGACCUAUGAAUUCCCAUUCUCACAGGUGGCUCCUGAUAUAAUUAUUUGGCAGGUUGGUCGGGGGAUAAAUGGUGCAUUAAAUAAUGUUAACGCUACUCGCGAAGUUAAAGAAAUUUUGACGCGCUGUUGGUCUUAUUUACCUGAAAAUCGUCCUUCUCUCAGUGAUCUCCAAAGUAUGUUGGAAAAGUUACCAAAGAAACGUCUUAAUCGUAGUCCGUCAUUUCCUGUUUCACGAAGCUAUGAAUCAAUGUUUUGA